AUGGCAUCUUUUAACCCACUUGUUGCUAUUCUUAAUCAAAACAAACUAACUGGAUCCAAUUAUGUUGAUUGGAAAAGAAACUUGAACAUUGUUCUCACUGCUGAAGAGCACAAGUAUGUGCUUAGUCAACAUUGUCCCAACUUUCCAUCAUUAGAUGCUCCUCUUGAGGAAAAACAGCGAUAUGAUCGUUGGCAGAAAUCUAAUGAGAUGGCCAAGUGCUAUAUCCUAGCAUCUAUCUCAAAUGUUCUACAGCAUCAAAUGCAGGAUGUAGAACUAGCUUCAGACAUAAUGCUAAGUCUGAAGGAGAUGUUUGGUGAGGAAGGCCGUUCUGCAAGGCAAGAAACUAUGAGGUAA